AUGGGAUUUUUGAUUAAUGAGGCUCAAAGUGCCUUUGUUAAAGGAAGGCAAAUAUCAAGUAAUAUCUUGAUGGCUCAUGAGAUUGUGAGGAGCUAUGGCAGGAAGCACAAUUCACCCAGGAUCAUGAUGAGUAUAGAUAUCAAGAAGGCUUUCGAUACUAUAAGUUGGAAUUUUCUUAGAGAUAUGCUUACUGGUCUGGGGUUCCCUGAUAUCUUUACAAACUGGAUCAUGGUGUGUAUUACAUCCCCAAAAUACUCUAUUUCUUUAAAUGGCACACUACAUGGUUAUUUCAAAGGAGAAAGGGGUUUGAGACAAGGUGAUCCUAUCUCUCCCUAUUUGUUUACACUGGGUAUGGAGUUCCUGUCAAGAAAAUUAGACAUGCUUAAAGAGGACAGAUCUUUUAAAUUUCAUCCUAGGUGUGGUGAGUUAAAAAUCACUCAUCUAAUAUUUGCAGAUGAUCUCCUCCUCUUUUCUAAGGGUGACAUUCAUUCUGUUAAUCUUUUUUUCAACUGCUUCAAGGAGUUUAGUGAGGUUUCAGGUCUGGUUGCAAAUCCAGAAAAAUGUAAAAUAUUUUACAGUGGUGUUGAUGAACAUACCAAAAGCUUGAUUAGUAAUCUCCUGAACUUCACAGAGGGUGCACUGCCCAUCAAAUACUUGGGGGUUCCUUUGAUAUCCAAACGAUUAUCAUAUACUGAUUGUUCUCCUCUUUUAAACAAAAUCUCAGAUCAAUUACAAGCUUGUCUGAAAAAUAGAGCUCUGUCUUUUGCUGGCAGAUUACAAAUUAUUAAGAGUGCUAUACUUGGCAUCCAGAUAUAUUGGACUUCAAAUUAUAUUCUUCCUGUUAGAGAUAAAGCCUGUUUGAGUAAAAGGCAUGGGGGUCUUGGCAUCUACUCAGCAACAAUUUGGAAUAUGGCAACUAUGCUGAGGUUAAUGUGGCAUAUCCAUGUUAAUAAAGAGAGUCUAUGGAUCAAAUGGAUACACAGUGCAUACUUAAGAAAUGAUGAUAUAUGGCAUGUUCAGGCUAAAAACUGGGACUCAUGGAUGUGGAAGAAAAUUUUGAAAAUCAGAGACAAAGCUGUUAGCUUUUGUGGAGGUCUAAAUAACUUGUUGCUGCUCAUUCAAUCUUGCUCUGAAAAUUCUAGAAUCCAGAUUUCAGCAUUGUACAAUGCUCUCUCCCCUAAUUCUUUAGUUGUGCCAUGGCAUAGAACAGUUUGGGAGACUACAAACUUCCCCAGUCACUCUUUUAUCUGUUGGUUAGCAAUCCAAGAUAGAUUGCUUACUAUCGACAGACUGAUUAAGAGGGGAUUAAUGAACUCUAACAAUUGUUGUCUGUGUACUGGUUCUGAAAACAGAAACCAUCUUUUCUUUGAGUGCUGCUAUUCAAGAGAAGUGUGGCUAAAAAUUAUGGAUUGGCUCAGUUUCAAAUGGCAGUCCGGUGAUUGGAAUCAGAUUGUGAUUUGGUACUGUGAUAGACUGAAGGGGAAUGGUUUCAAGCAAAGGAUUAAAAGGAUGGCUCUAACUACAGCAGUUUAUAGUAUAUGGAGAGAAAGGAAUUUCAGGAUUUUCAGGCAGAAAGCAAGGCCAGCUGAUCAGCUUUUUAAAGAUAUCAAAUUCAGCAUUUAUUCUUUUGUUCUCAAUGGCUCUUUUAAGGCAGAAGACGAAGAAUGGAUCAUUUCACUAUGA